AUGACUAUGUGGGGUUAUAUUCACGCGAUAGCAGACUAUUUGCUGUCCUGGGUGAAACUCGAGCAAAAUGCGGAAAUUGGGUGGCGUUCGUUCAAUCGAAAGACCGGAAAGUUAGAGCGCGAACAACAGACACUAUGGAAGAAGCUCAAGCUUCUCGUCUUAUUUAACCCACUCAUGGAAUGGAUUGAUAGGAGUCAACUCAUGCGUUUAUACAUGCAUGAAGAGUCAAUUGCAGAAGGGCGAAGAGAAAGAACAACGAGUUCCAGGAGGCGCAUCAAGGCUUUCGUUGACGCCUAUGGAAUAAACAUGCAUGAUUUCGAGCCCUCUGAUAUCAGUCGCUAUCCUACCUUUGAAGAUUUCUUCACUCGUUCACUCAAAACAGCGUCGCGUCCCAUUUGUGAUCUUGACGACCCUUCCCAUGCCGUCGUGGUGGCUGACUCGAGAGUCGUCGUCUUCAAUUCCAUUGAGGAAGCAAAAGCGUUGUGGAUCAAAGGCAAGAACUUUGGCCUCAAUGAUCUAGUCAUGAGUAAUGAAGUAGGUGAUAAGUUUAGAGAUGCUGCCAUUGCGAGCUUUCGGCUUUCACCGCAGGACUACCACCGGUACCACUCACCUGUCCAGGGUACAAUCCAAAGCUUUCAGAGCUUACCGGGCGAUUACUACCAGGUCGAUCCUGUAGCUUUACAAAGCAAGGUGGAUAUAUUAACACGCAAUAGACGGGAUUUCGUUGUAAUUGAGACGAAGGAGUUUGGGGAAGUUCUAUUUGUGGCGAUUGGUGCGACGGACGUCGGAAGCGUGCAUAUCCACGAGAAAUAUCAGAGGACCGGGCAAACUGUUAAGAAAGGAGAUGAACUGGGCGUUUUUCAGUUUGGAGGCUCAUCUAUUAUUGUUGCUUUUCAACGUGGCAGUAUCAAAUUUGACGAUGAUCUGUUGGGACUAAGUGAGCAGAAAAUCCAGACGUCUGUGGAGGUUGGUAUGAGCCUGGGGUGUUCUACGUGA